ACAAGACAAAAAUAUUGCAGUCACUAGAAAAUAGAAACAACAAACCGUAUAUACACAUGACGAAGAUCAGUUUCUACCUAGCUAUCUCUGCAUGCGUCUGCAUCCUCUUGAUAUUAUCACCUGGGCUACUAGCCAUGCCGCCGCGGAAACAAUGCGAAUGCAUGUCACCAAUACAUUGUAAUUGCUCCCCACCGCCACAGCCACGGGUGGUGAAUAGGUUACGGAGAAGCGUCGGACCACCGUGCUCAACGGACGCUGAUUGUAAUCACUUUUGUCGUCCAAAGAAAGGUGUUUGCAACAUUGAUUUCGAAACAUGUAGUUGUCGUUAAUUGAAAAUAUUUGACUAUGUGUGCUUUCCUAAUGAUCUGAGGAUCCUCAAUAACUAAUUAAUAGCAUCUAUUUUUUCA